AUGGAUUCCCUCAAUGCGAGCGGGAUGGACGCGUUCACGGUGAUCCAUCUGAAUUCCUCCUCCUGGAGCCUGGACAGUGGAUAUUCUCUGGCAGCGAUCGCCGGCAUCGCAGCUCUUGUAAGUUUCCUCAUCCUCUUCACCGUGGUUGGGAAUAUCCUGGUGGUCAUUGCCGUGUUGACGAGCAGGGCACUGAAAGCCCCACAGAACCUCUUUCUGGUGUCACUGGCCACCGCGGACAUCCUGGUGGCCACGCUGGUGAUGCCCUUCUCUCUGGCCAACGAGCUCAUGGGCUACUGGUAUUUUGGGAAAGUUUGGUGCGGUAUUUAUUUGGCUCUGGAUGUUUUGUUCUGCACUUCGUCUAUUGUGCACCUGUGCGCAAUAAGCCUGGAUCGGUACUGGUCCGUUACGCAGGCGGUCGAGUACAACCUGAAGCGGACUCCUAAACGCGUCAAGGGCAUCAUCUUGAUCGUAUGGCUCAUAUCUGCCAUCAUCUCAUCUCCACCUCUGAUUUCUAUAGACAGCAACAACGAGUUCAGCUCCCAGCCCCAGUGCGAGCUGAACGAUGACACCUGGUACAUCCUCUCCUCCAGCAUCGCGUCCUUCUUUGCGCCGUGCGUAAUCAUGGUCCUGGUCUACAUCAGGAUAUACCAGGUGGCCAAAACCAGAACCAGGGCCAUGUCGGGAAAGGAUCCCAGGCCAGAUGGUGCCACACAGACUGAGAAUGGGCUGAGCAAAGCCACCUCCCCUUACAAUGGCGAGAAGGAGAACGGCCACUGUCAGUGCCCGCCUACGCCCAGCCAGCGCACCGUCACCGUGGGCGCACAGACCGAGGAUGCUGACAUGGAGGAGAGCAGCUCCUCAGAGGGCAAAGGUCACAAGCCCCAGCACCAGGACUCCGAGAGAGCCAAGAGCCCCAGCCCAAAGAAGAGCUCCCUCACCAAACAACCCUCUCGCAUGGCCAGAGUUAGUAACAAGUCCAUGGACCUCUUUGCCUCCAGGAGGAAACGACGCCGGUGCUCCUUCGCCAGGAAGAAGGUCUCCCAGGCCCGGGAGAAGAGGUUUACAUUCGUCCUGGCUGUGGUCAUGGGGGUGUUCGUGGUGUGCUGGUUCCCCUUUUUCUUUAGCUACAGCCUGUAUGGCGUGUGCAGGGACUCCUGUAAGAUCCCCGACCCGCUGUUUAAGUUCUUCUUCUGGAUUGGCUACUGUAACAGCUCCCUGAACCCGGCCAUCUACACCAUCUUCAACCGGGACUUCAGGAGAGCCUUCCAGAAGAUCCUCUGCAAGUCGUGGAAAAAGUCCUUUUAG